AUAUACAAUCGUGAUCAGUGUUUGAAAUGCAUUUAAUCCAGUGUACCGCGCGUCACAGUGACAUUUUGAACUUGAGAACCCGCUUCGCUAAAAAUUUAUUGAUGAAUUAUGCAUAAUAUGUGGAAACAAGCAUCUGACAGGAGCUCGGACUGAGAUAAAUCCGCUUGCUUUCCUUAUCAACAGAUCAGGUACUUACCUAUAGUGAUAAAAAUACCAGACCUAGCUAAAACUAUACGGCAGUUUAGUGUAGUGACUGUCACGACGCCCGGCCGCUCGUACAAAAUGUGGAACAAAAUAUAUACAAGUGUUAAAUAUUCUUUGAUAACAGUGAAUUUUCUGUUCCUGAUAAGUGGAAUAAUAAUAUUGUCGGUGGGAAGUUCAGUGCAGUCCGCUUACAAUGGGUACCACGAGUUUCUCUCGGAGAGGUUUUUCUCUCUACCCGCAUUUUGCAUCGCCACCGGAGUCAUCAUCUUCCUCAUCGCAUUCUUCGGCUUCUAUGGAGCCUAUUCGGAAAACUAUUACUUAAUAAUGGCGUUUGCCGGCGCCAUGGUGCUAAUGUUCAUCUUCCAACUAUCAGCAUGUAUAGCGGGCUACGCGCUCAAAAGCCAAGCCACAGUUCUAGUCCAAACGCAGCUGCAAAACACAAUGGACCUGUACGGCCCCAACAAGAACUACGAAGUUACUAAGCUGUGGGACGAAGUGCAAGAAGACUUCGCCUGCUGUGGGGUCCUGAACGCCAGCGACUGGCUCCAGCACCUCAACACCCACGCGAGCCAGGGUCUUCCCGUCAGCUGCUGCAGCCGCGUGUUCGGUGUCGUCACCACUUUUACGUGCAAUGUGACGAGUGCUUAUAGGACGGGCUGUGCUGAGGCGUUUGGGGCGUGGACGCAAAGUCAUGCGGGGGCUAUAGGGGCCGCUGGCGUUUUCUUGGUUCUUAUUCAGGCUUUGGCCGUUGGCGGAGCGGUGUGGAUGGCCAAGAUAUCAAGAGAAGAAAAUGCGUUUCCUUGAAGAAUGACAUGUACCUAUUGUUGAUGUUGUGAGCUAAGUAUUUUAAUUACGUUAAGUAAUAUUAUUGCAGAUUAAUAAAUAAUGUUAGCGGU